AUGGGUGCAGAGAUUGGCCUUCUCUCCAUGACCCAGAUCCAAAAAUUGUCACAAUCCCAACACCUCCACCACCACCACCCCAAUCUUCUUCCCACCACCUGGAUCAUGUGGAACCCUAGGCAUCCCCAGGAAGAAGAUGACUCGUGGGAGGUCAGAGCCUUUGCGCAGGACACCACAAGCAUCAUGGGCACCACUUGGCCUCCCAGGUCCUACACCUGCACUUUCUGUAGAAGGGAGUUCCGUUCAGCCCAAGCUCUCGGCGGCCACAUGAACGUCCACCGCCGUGACCGUGCCCGACUUCACCACCACCAGCAACAACGACCUCCACCUGCAUCUGCUGCUGCUUCAGUUCAGAGCAACCUCAUCUCAGCUCAUCAUCAUCAUCAAGGCAGAUUCUUCCUCUAUCAUUUGCCGAGCCCUGACGGGAUUGGAAACUUGUCUGGUACUAAUACUAGUAAUACUGCUAAUACUCUUGCUUCUUCUUUGAAUGCAUGUAGAGAAUCAUUAUCUCCAACCACGCUUCUCUCCAUUAUGCCCUAUCCACCAAGCAACUUGGUGUCAACUAAUACUAGCUCCGCCUCCUACGAUUUUCAAGUGGAGCGGCGGCCUGCAGUAUUCACCAAUUCUUCUUUCUGUGAUUCCACCAAAGUGGAACAAACCGCGACCUCGUCCUUUGCCGGCAACAGGCACGAGGAGCUUGAUCUCGAGCUCCGGCUGGGGCACACACCACCAACACCUAGCAGAAAUCAAAAACGGUGUGCGUGA